AUGCCUGCUACCCGCCGGCAGUACCGGGUUGCCGUACUCCCGAUUAUGAUCUCCCGACGGGCUGGAGCUGCACAUUUACCCCGCGAACUCUUGCCUUCCCCGGAAAGUUGGGGUAAGCGGGACCGGGAAGCCAGCACUUCUGCCGAGAUCGUCUUGCAUACCGAGGACGUCACAGAUAUCGAAUAUCGGCUCUUCCGCUACAGUUAUUGA